GAGAUGCAUUGUGUAUAAUGGCGGGGGACCCCCAGCAUAGUAAGAGGAAAGUCAUGACUGGGGUUAUGUUUUCCGCGAGCAACUGCCAUAUCCAGCGACCGCAUUACUUUAUCCGCCAUUUUGUUGGCGAUCACGAUAUUGCUAACGGAUCUAAAAAACUUCGUUUUCUUUCAGCAAAACUUAUAUUAAAGAACACAUCAGAGCUGAAGAGGCCGGUAAACAGUCAUUGUUUAUGAAAGCUGCUCGUGAGACCUCUACUAAAAGAUGUGCUAGCAAGAACAGUAGCAGUUGGCAAUGGAAUUCCACUUUGACCAUGAUUAUGGCCAACAGUUAGCCAAUCCACCACAUAUACAGAAGAUUGAACAUGCCUUGAAACUGGAACCUUUCUUGUCGUAUGUUGAGGAGUUAAUCAAACCUACUGAGGAGGAUUUCAGCAUUGAAAAAGAAAUUCUUAAACCAUGUGUGAAGAAGGAUACAGAAGGGAAUAAAUUGUUUAAUGGUAUUACGAUUACAAAAGCAGAGAGAAAGGCAGACAAGAAUAGGCUGUACACCUUUGGUAAAGUGAAGAAAAACAGAAAGUGGUUAAAAGCAAUUUUAUUGAGUGAUAGUUCAUCUGAUGAAGAAGAUGAGGCAGCGAUCACGGAGGCGGAGCUACAGAACAUGCUCAGACUGCAUAAAUACCAACGCAAACAUCAGAUGCAGUUUUAUCAAGAUCCAGAGCUGCACCAGUAUCAGUAUUAUUCAACAGGCUUGCUAUCUAACUAUGACCAUUUCCCAGACCAACAAAAAGCCAUUCUUGGACCCAAAAAGAAGAUUUCUAAAGAUCAGAAAAAGAUGGAAAGAAAAAUUAAAGCCAAGCUGAAGAAGUUGAAAAAAGAGAAAAUCAUAGAAAAUGGGGAUGAAGAUGAGCUAGGAGAGGAUAUGGAUCCAGUGCUUCUUCAAGCCAUAUUGGCUCAUAAGCAAUAUAAGAAGGAGAAAGGAUUGGGAAAGGAGAAGAAACUCACCCCAGAACAGGCAGAGGCAAAAAGAAGAAGGAUCUGGGUCAAUAUUGCAAAGAAAGAAAUACCAAAGGCUCAGAAACAGAAAGUUUCCGCAAGAAAGGAAAUGCUUCAGACAUUGAAAAAGAUUUCUAUGCAGUCAAUGCGAGAAGUUCGUCGAGCUGCCAUUCAGUCACAGAAACAAACUAAGGACUCGCAGUCAAAGGCACGACGACUUGCUAGGGAGAUGAUGGUGUACUGGAAGAGGUUUGAAAAGGUUGAAAAAGAUCACCGUAAACGAGUCGAAAAAGAGGCGCUUGAGAAACGUAAAAUGGACCUUGAAAUGAGUGAGGCAAGAAGACAGCAGAGAAAGUUAAAUUUCUUGAUCACCCAAACAGAGUUGUAUGCCCAUUUCAUGGCUAGAAAAAUAACUGGCGAGUCAGAAACAGCAAAGGACAAGAUCCUUAAAAAAUUGGAAGAAGAUAAGACAGAGAAACAGAAAUCAGAAUUCCUCAUUGAUACUGUCAAUGAUGACUAUGAUGCAGAGACAGCUAAACAAGAGGCAUUGAAGAAUGCACACAGUGCUUACGAGGCUCACCAAGCUAAGAGAAAUCAGUUUGAUGCCAGUACUAAUUGCAACUCUCUAGCCAAUCCAGCAACAGUAGGAGAUGAGAGACCACAACCAAGUAUGUUCGAAGGCAAACUUAAAGGCUAUCAACUAAAGGGUAUGAACUGGUUGGCCAGCUUGUAUGACCAGGGUAUCAAUGGUAUUCUGGCCGAUGAAAUGGGCCUGGGAAAGACUGUGCAAAGUCUGGCAUGUCUGGCUCACCUGGCGGAGGCUAACGGCAUCUGGGGACCCUUCCUCAUUGUGGCCCCUGCCUCAACACUACACAACUGGCAGCAGGAGUGCUCGAGAUUUAUACCCAAAUUUAAGGUGGUGCCGUACUGGGGUAACACGCAAGAUAGGCGAGUGUUGCGAAAGUUCUGGGAUCAAAAAUGUUUACACACGGAGGAGGCCUCAUUUCAUGUUGUGAUUACAAGUUACCAGCUAGUCAUUCAAGAUGUGAAGUACUUUCAGAGGAUAAAAUGGCAAUAUAUGGUGCUAGAUGAGGCCCAGGCGUUAAAAAGUAGUGCCAGUGUGCGUUGGAAAAUUCUGCUUGGAUUUAAUUGUAGAAACAGGCUGCUUCUGACAGGGACACCCAUACAAAACAGCAUGGCUGAGCUGUGGGCUUUACUGCAUUUCAUAAUGCCAACAAUGUUUGACUCUCAUGAAGAAUUCAAUGAAUGGUUCUCUAAAGAUAUAGAAAGUCAUGCUGAGAAACAGUCUGGAAUUGAUGAAAAUCAGUUAUCAAGACUGCAUAUGAUACUGAAGCCAUUUAUGUUGAGGAGAGUAAAGAAAGAUGUGGAAAAUGAACUCAGUGAUAAGAUUGAAGUUCUGGUAUAUUGUCCACUUACAACCAGACAGAGGUUACUUUACCAAGGAAUCAAGAACAAAAUCUCUAUAGAGGAUUUGCUCAAUACGGCCAUGUCGAACACAUCCCAGGCACAGAGCACAGCAAACUCUCUCAUGAACCUUGUGAUGCAGUUCCGCAAGGUGUGUAAUCACCCAGAACUGUUUGAGAGACAGGAAAUCAGGUCUGGUUUCUUCCAGAAACAAGAGGAGUAUCACAUACCGAAACUGGUAUACAGGGAUGGUAUUGUGGACAGAAGUUACCCAAGUCAACAGAGAAUUCUCUAUAACCUACUUUGUAUAUACAAUACUCACCAUAUCCAUUCAUCCAUAUUUCAUCCUGACAGUGAACAAAGUUCAUCUGUAAAUAGUUGUUUUUCAUUCCUCCAUUUCAUCAACAUGUCACCAAGUGAACUCCAUGGGCAUAUGUUAGGUGGUCUGUUGGUCAGAUGGCAAGCAGUUUUUCUGUGGUACAAAGCAGCAUACUCAAUCUCUCACAGAUAUCUUUGGCACAAAGCAGAGAUGAAAAAAAGUCCUCGGUUUCACCACGGUAGCUUCCUGUUGGAACCCCUGCAAACAACUUACUUCACAAACAUCGAGUCAAGUCCCUUAUUAUCACCUCUUGUCUUCACGGGCCCAAGCAGUUCAGUUUACACUCACUCUGAUCAUAUAGUACAUUCUGUACGAGAAACAGAGUGGCAUCUACAUAUACGGCGGAAAAAUCUGUUUCAGCACAAUCUUCAUACAAAGAAACAUGCAGCUAGAACGCCACCUCAUUCACCUACAAAGUCACCUAGAUCCCCAGAGUUGCCAGUGUUAACACCAUUGUGCCAUAAGGAACACCCCCCACAGGUACUUGAGUGCCAGCCCACACAGUACCCAACAUUCCUAUACCAUACUGUACCUAAGGUGCUAAUCAAACAACGCAUUUCUUACUGCGCUGAUCGCAGUGCUCAGUGGGAUAAUAUUGCUGCAGAACUUUGUGGUACCCAGAAGGCCAUGCACUCGCUGAAGUAUGGAACUCCUGACAUAUAUGAGGAGGUUCAGUGGUGGACAAGGUGGCGUUUCUUCCCGAUGCAUCCACAGGGGCUUCUAGGGAUACAUCCUAAAUAUGGCUAUUCUGGUGUUUACAUUCCUGCAAAGGAGAAGAUUAUCACAGAUGCAGGGAAGCUGUAUGUGCUAGACAUCUUGUUACAGCGGCUGAAGGAUGAGGGACACAGGGUGCUUAUCUAUUCACAGAUGACCAAGAUGAUUGAUCUACUUGAGGAAUAUAUGUGGCAUAGAAAGCACACAUACAAGAGACUAGAUGGUUCUUCAAAGAUUUCUGAGCGUCGUGACAUGGUGGCAGAUUUCCAGGCAAGGUCCGACAUAUUUGUGUUCUUGCUUAGUACAAGAGCUGGUGGUCUUGGUAUUAAUCUCACAGCUGCUGACACAGUGAUAUUUUACGACAGUGACUGGAACCCUACAGUAGACCAGCAGGCUAUGGAUCGAGCCCACAGACUGGGACAAACAAAACAAGUCACAGUUUACAGGUUGAUCUGUAAAGGGACGAUAGAGGAACGCAUUUUACAGAGGGCUAAAGAGAAAAGUGAAAUCCAGCGAAUGGUUAUCAGUGGUGGAAACUUCAAGCCAGACACACUAAAACCUAAGGAAGUUGUGUCCUUGCUUAUAGAAGAUGAUGAACUACAGAAUAAAAUAAAAUUGAGAUCAAGAGAAAAGAAGGAUAAGGAAGAACAAUACAAGGAGAAAGACAGAAAAAGAAAAAGAGAACAGUAUGUUAAGAAGAAGGAGUCAAAGAAAGCUAAAGUGGAAGAACAGAAUAUGACCAUACCAGCUCCAGAUACUGAUUCCUUGGCUAGCUUUGAUUCUUCCAGACCUGUCAGUCCACAAAGUGAGUUAUCUGUGGGCAGUGAGACUCCACAACCAGUCCUGUUCAGUAUAGAUGACAGUAGCAAUGAUGCUCUAGUCAUAGUGGAUGAUGCCUCCACCCCUACACCCACACCCAAAAAGACGAGAGGUAGAGGUAGACCCAGGGGUUCGGGUGUGGGUAGAGGUCGACCCAGGGGUCGUGGAGGCACCAAGAGGGCUCUGUCUGCAGCUGAGAUAGCAGGGGCCCAGGCAGGAAUGACAGCUGCGUAUAAAGCUUAUGGAUAUAGUUAUACUGGUCCAACUCCAUUGAGCAAUUCUUCAUCGUUUAGUUCAUUAUCAGAUGCAAAUAAAGGUGGAGUUUCUUCGGACAAAACUGAUAAAAGAUGACAGGACUUAAGGAGGAAUAUAGGAAAGUGAAAUUUAUUAGGUUUGGAAGAUGAUGUUUCCUGUUUGAGACUGCUAAGACCAGUGUCUGUGGGGUGUAACAAAUGGAAGACUUGUGGAACAGAGGAUAUAGUGUGAGCUGAUUUGAUGAUGUGUUGGUAGUCACAAUUUGUGUGUGGAUUUAUUGUUGCACAUCAGACAGGCGUGCAAACUAUUAUCACUCAGUGAUACAGAGAGCAAAUCUAGAAACAUGAACAAUGGUUACAUAAGUUCUGAGGAUGCGUUUGUACUUGCUCAUAUUAAAAUAUUAUAUUUUGGAUGGAGGUGACAAAUAUAUGUAUGUGUAAGUGUUUACCUGUUCUUGAUCACACAGGUAUUCAGUAAGGAUUUGAAGGUCAGGCUAAACUCUGGUUUACCAGGCGCAGUUGCUGAGGCAUAGUGUAGGGAGGGGGCCUCAUAGCUCCCAUUAGAAUUAAGUCGACUGCAUGGUAAAUAUCCUGUGUCAGCUGCUACCAGUUGUAGUGAUUGUGAGCGUAAGAAGUAGAUGUAACCUGGUUGAAAAUUAAGUGUAACUUGUAAACCAGUUGAAUUAUAAUGACAUAAUCUGGGUGAAAUUAAACAGAUGAAAACUCAAAAAAUAUUAUGAGAAUAUAAAAUGUUAUAAGCAGAUUAAAAAAGGAGUGUUAUUUUUCAUUAAAUUUUUAUUUAUGAAUUGAAAGUAAUGCUGUUAAAUAUGUUCUAAUAUUAAUGGAUUGACAUUUUAAACAAAUAGCUGUGUAAAUCAUAGGUAGAUGGGUGAAAAUCUGCAUGAAAAAGAAUGUUUUUGAAAGGCUAUAGUGUAAAAUUAGAGAAUAUGCAUACCAACAGGUUUUAUUUACAAACUAGACAAAGGAGCAUACUUAUACAUUAAAAGAUUGUUUAUAUGAUCUCAGAAAACAUGUACAAGUAUUAUGAAUAUCUCUAUGCAUAUAUUUAUGCUAAUCAAAGAUUGCAAGCAGAAUCUUGACAGCAUGAAAAUCAUGUUUGUCAUUUUGGAAACCGUUUGAAAUACAGUUUACAUGAAGAGCUUUUGUUUUAGGAAGGACUGGUUCAUGCAGCAAGCACAGCUAGCUAGACAAAUCUUUUUAUAAUUCGAGCAAUCCAGAAUAAAAAUAUGAAGAAAAUGGCUGAGGACUACAAUGUGACAUGAAUUGCUCAGGUUGUUCCUGGUACUAAUGCCAGCAAUGUUAGGGCAUGCAGGGUCUCACUGGGUUACAUCUGUCAUUUAAAGUUAGCAAAUAUAUUACAGUAAUCCAGAGUGGGCCCUGUACAUUAUUGGAGGAAGAAGAAAAAUCUGUGUUCAUGUGUUAUUUAUGUUUUAAGAGAAUAGAAAUGAAAUCUGUUAUAUAAUUAUUCCAGUUUGGUAGAAUUGUUAAGUUUGAUAUAUUUAUCAAGCUAUUACUCGCGAAACUGAUUUUAUUGUAUAUUUCAUUAUGUUGUCCUCCCCUGACAUCUAGCUGCAAGGUUUUAAAAAUUCUAUUUAUUAUUGUCAGUUUUCUCCUUCUGUCUCUCUUUAUCAUUUAUUUACCUGUAGCUGAAUACAUGAACUUUGUAUUAAGGUCACUUUAAUAGAGCACAGUUACAGUAUAAUACUAACUUUUCCUUGCUAGUCUACAAAAACUAGAGAGAAAAAAACCAUCCAUAAAUUACACAAAAUGUUUCAAAGUAAAACAAGCAUUCUUAGUUAAUUAAACGUUAUGAUAUUCUGGAAAUUAAUACUUGCCAGUGCCAUUUUCUAGCAGAGGACGCAGCAGGACAAUCAGCAAUUUCUGUGCCAUUAUACAUUAUAUUCUUAUUGGCUAUUUCGACAUUCUUGGAACAAAAUAUAUUUCAGUUUGAACAUGGCUUUCCAUAAAAGUUGAAGAAUGCUGAUGCCACACACGUAGAAUUGGUAAUAAAACAGAAAUUGCCCAUGGUCAUGAUGGGUGCACUACCUUAAGUUUACAGUAUUCUGUACUGUUUGUCUUGAAUGUUUACACUAGUUUCAACAUUUUAUAUCCUGUCUUAGAAAUUAUAUACAUUACAAAGGUAUUUAAUAGUUGAAUUUAGGCAUUAGUUUCAUAAUUCAUUGGAUUGAAAUGUUGCAGUAAAAUAUUCCACAAUCUCUUUAUCAUAUAGUAAAUAAAUCAGCAAAGUAUUCAAACAGGUGUUUUUCAGUGGCCAAGUGGUUAAAGUAACUUAGUUCUAAUUGUUACUGCUGUUGGUUUGGAACCUUGCUUGGGGUGUAGAAUUGUUUCCUGUGAGCAAGCAAUCCAGCUGCUUGGGGUGUAGAAUUGUUUCCUGUGAGCAAGCCGUCCAGCUGCUUGGGGUGUAGAAUUGUUUUCUGUGAGCAAGCUGUCCAGCUGCUUGGGGUGUAGAAUUGUUUCCUGUAAGCAAGCCAUCCAGCUGCUUGGGGUUUAGGGGUGUAGAAUUGUUUCCUGUGAGCAAGCCAUCCAGCUGCUUGGGGUUUAGGGGUGUAGAAUUGUUUCCUGUGAGCAAUCUGUCCAGCUGCUUUGGGUGUAGAAUUGUUUCCUGUGAGCAAGCCAUCCAGCUGCUUGGGGUUUAGGGGUGUAGAAUUGUUUCCUGUGAGCAAGCUGUCCAGCUGCUUGGGGUUUAGGGGUGUAGAAUUGUUUCCUGUGAGCAAGCUGUCCAGCUGCUUUGGGUUUAGAAUUGUUUCCUGUGAGCAAGCCAUCCAGCUGCUUAGGGUGUAGAAUUGUUUCCUAUGAGCAAGCUGUCCAGCUGCUUGGGGUUUAGAAUUGUUUCCUGUGAGCAAGCCAUCCAGCUGCUUGGGGUUUAAGGGUGUAGAAUUGUUUCCUGUGAGCAAGCCAUCCAGCUGCUUGGGGUUUAGGGGUGUAGAAUUGUUUCCUGUGAGCAAGCUGUCCAGCUGCUUUGGGUUUAGAAUUGUUUCCUGUGAGCAAGCUGUCCAGCUGCUUAGGGUGUAGAAUUGUUUCCUAUGAGCAAGCUGUCCAGCUGCUUGGGGUUUAGAAUUGUUUCCUGUGAGCAAGCAAUCCAGCUGCUUUGGGUGAGGAAUUGUUUCCUGUGAGCAAGCCAUCCAGCUGCUUGGGGUGUAGAAUUGUUUCCUGUGAGCAAGCCAUCCAGCUGGCUUAUGGAUUGUUGGUGGUUCUACCUAGGUGCCUGCCUCUGCCUGAAAUAAUGCACGAAUGGGAACCUGAGAUAUUCCUCCAUAAAAUGCUGGAAAGUUGCCAUAUGACUAUGUAUAAUUAUAGUGUCAGUCUGACAUUGAACUUAGUAAAUUUUAUUCAGACAAGAUAUUUAAUAUUGUCAGGUAAUACAGACAUUGUGGAAGGAAGAUUUGCUUAAUUUUCAUCAAGUUUUAUUCUGUUUGUCUGUGGGUAGAAACCUGAAGUAUUGAUAAUGCAAUUAAUAUCAGUUACUGUAGUUCAUUGUUUGUAAUGUAAUUAUUCUGAACCUGAUUGUUUAGAGAUGAUACCUGAUAUAUAAUGAAUGAUGUUACAUGUAGAUAUUGCAAUUUUAUAAAUUAAUAAAGUGUCUACAUUU